AUGGAAGCUGGUGUUUCUAAAUUAAAUGAAGCUAGAUUACUUGUUGAUAAUUUAAAAUCUAAAGCAGCUGAACAAAGUAAACUGUUAGCUGAGAAGCAAGCUGAAGCUGAUGAUGCAUUGAAACAAAUUACUUCUAGUAUGUCAGCUGGUGUUUCUAAAUUAAAUGAAGCUAGAUUACUUGUUGAUAAUUUAAAAUCUAAAGCAGCUGAACAAAGUAAACUGUUAGCUGAGAAGCAAGCUGAAGCUGAUGAUGCAUUGAAACAAAUUACUUCUAGUAUGUCAAAAGCUAAAGCUGCUGUAGGGAAUAUACGAUCAGAAGCAUUGUCAGAAAUAAGAUCUUUAAGAGCUCCACCAGAUAUCAUUAGAGAUAUUUUAGAAGGUGUUCUGCGAUUAAUGGGUAUUUUUGAUACAUCAUGGGUAAGCAUGAAAAGUUUUCUUUCUAAAAGAGGUGUAAAAGAAGAAAUUAUUUCUUUUGAUGCCCGCAAAAUAACUCCUGAAAUAAGAUAUAGUGUUGACCAACUGCUUUCAAAGAAUCAUGAAUCUUUUGAUCCUAAGAAUGCUAAAAGAGCUUCUGCAGCUGCUGCUCCCUUGGCUUCUUGGGUAAAAGCAAAUGUAAAAUACAGUCAAGUUUUAGAAAAAGUUUCACCAUUAGAAAAAGAACAGGCUAAAUUACAACAUAACUUGGUUUCAGCUGAGCGGCGCAUUAACAAAUUAAGUGGUGCAUUAGAAGAUGUGGAACAAGAAGUUAUUCAUUUGAGAGAUAAAUUAAGCAAAUUUACAAAGGAAGCAGCUGAAAUAGAAUUUAAUUUGAAACAUUCUAAAGAAAUAAUCAUUUCUGCUGAGACACUUGUUCAGCAACUAGAUAGUGAAUAUCAACGUUGGACAAAACAACUAGGAGAAAUAGAUAAGGAAUUAACAAAACUUCCUGUGCAGUCAUUACUAGCUGCUGCUUUUAUUACAUAUUUAUCAUCCUCUUCAGAAGAUAUAAGACAAAUUAAUAUUGAAAAAUGGUGUUCCAUUUUAGGAUACAAGAGUUUUGAUUUAAAGCAAUUUUUAAGUAAUGAACAAGAACAGUUAACUUGGAAAACAGAAGGUUUGCCUUCUGAUUUGUUAUCAAUAGAAAAUGCUAUAAUUAUAUUACAGCUUUCUAAAUUGGAAAUAGGUCUUUCUAAAUUGGAAAUAGGUGUAAGUCCCAGAUAUGUUAUUCAAAUUGGUGAGAAAUUAGUUGAUUUCAAUGAAAAUUUCAAAAUGUUUUUAAUUACAAAAUAUUCUUCAUUGGAAUUGCCACCAUAUGCAUCUGCUUUAAUUACAACAGUGAACUUUAGUACUACAAAAGCAGGACUAAUGGGACAAUUAUUAGCUGCAGUUUUACAGCAUGAAAAACCAGAAUUAGAACAAAGAAGAAUGCAAUUAUUAGAACAAGAGGAAGAAUUAAAAUUACAACUAACAAAAUUAGAAGAAUCAUUGUUAGAACAGUUAGCAUCAGCUCAAGGCAAUAUUUUGGAAAAUAAAGAGUUAAUUGCAUCUUUAAAUAAUACAAAAUCAAGUAGUUUAAAUAUAUCUUCAGCUUUAAAAGAAUCUCAGCAACUUCAGCUAUCUUUAGAAGAAGAAAGAAAAGUUUAUUUACCAUUGGCUCAGUUUGGUAGCAAUUUAUAUUUUGUAAUAACUGAACUUAUUAAACUGAAUAAUAUGUAUGAUUUUAGUUUAUCUACAUUCUUUAAAUUAUUUAAUCAAGCUCUUGCAACUGAUAAGAUAAGUAACAGUCCAGAAGAUAGAAUGAAAGGAUUAAUCCAAUCUCUUCAACAUCUAGUUUAUGAAUAUGUGUGCCGUUCAUUAUUCAAAACUGAUCGAUUAACCUUUGCUAUGCAUUUAAUACAUGGAAUGUAUACUCAACAUUUUCAAGAAAAU